AUGGCCCUCGAAAGCGACGCAGUAGCCGGAGCCACCAUAGAACUCCUCGAGGCGCGCCUGCGCCGCCUCACUUACCUCCUCACCGGCGCCACAGACUGGACCGGCGUCCCUACCACGCCCGAAAAGCCCGCAUCUCUCGACGAGUCAGUCUCCCGCCGACUUGCACGACUAGAAUCGGAAUUAGAACGGCUUAGUCGAGGUGUCCCAGCCGUACGGGAUGUUCUACAAAUCCACGACCGCAACCCAGACCUCUUCCAAACAACAUCGCUCCACCAAAUCCCCGAAGGCCUCACAACCCAAACCCUAGCCUCAAUAGUCCUCUCCUACGCCACCGCCUUUCCUGAAACAGCCUCGCGCCUAACAUCGCUAAACGACCUCCCCGUGCCGGACGCGCAGAGCUCCGCAGCUCUAAUCGACCUACAGCCACAGCUAGACCGGCUCGCGCAGACGCAGAGCGAACAGGCGGCUGAGAUCUCAGAGCUGCGAGUGCGCACAGCGCGCGUGCUGCAGCGCUGGUAUGACGUUGGACUUGUUGGGAGUGGGGAGUGCUGGGCUGAGUGGGAGGGGAGACUUGAGGAUGUUGAGAGGGAGGUUAGGAGGGGGAGGUUGUUAGGCAGGGGAGAGAGGAGACUUAGAGGGGAAAUGUGCCAAAUGGCUUGUUUCUGGUGGUUCUUAUGA